CGCAAGAGCUCCGCACCAACCUUGGAAUCUUGCAAGCUCCGAGCAACACCAACACGCUUUCUCCUCUCUUAAAAUCAAAAUCUCAUACCUUCUGCAGUUCGUAGCCUAUAAUGUCGGCAACCACUAAAAUCGCAGUGCAUUCGCUGUCCGAUCUCAAGAACACGACGGACGAUGCGCUGCCAAACUACCUCCACUCUCUCAAGUUCAAGCAGGUUCACAAGCAGACGGACAUCCGGUUAGCGCUUGGCUACACCGCCGUAAUCAUCGCCGGCGCGCUCUUCUACUUUGACUGGAAAUUUGGAUGGGAAAAGUCCAAGCCGUAUACUGCCCCAGCGGUAAUAGCAUACUUUCUCUUGAACACGGCCUUCAGCUACUGGCUAUGGUUUGUCGAGUCGGGCACUGUAUAUGAGGGAGAGGGCAAGACGGGCAAGAUCCGAAUUGCCACCUGGACGAAGAAGCACAUCCCCGUCUACGAGUGCGACGUGUUCUUUACGCCCGCGCCGACCGAGUCCAACCCCCCGCAGAAGAUCCGCAUCCGUACCCCGUUCACCCGGUGGUUUACUGCGGAUGGCUACUUCAUCGCUAAGCCCUUCCAACAGUGGCUCGCAUCCGAGGUCCCAGUGAUUGGUGCGGCCGACCCGAACAAUGUCGUAGAGGAAAUUGGCCGCGGCAGCGAGACGGAGAGGGUGCUCAACGUGACUGGCAACAACGCAAUUGACAUCUUGGAGCAGUUGAAGGCUAGCGGCGCAAAGGCGGCACCUGGCAGUGGUAGGAGAAGGAAAGCAUAAAUUUGCUGUCAUGUUCGGAGGAGAGCUAAAAUACUGGCGGGCCCUGGUUGUGGUGCUGGAGCAUCAUAAACGCGGGAAAGGUCGUGGCGAAAGCGCAUAACGUGCGGCAUACGGAAUCAAGCGCGACAUGUAUCGGAGACGAGGUUCAAGAAAAGCUAACAAUUGAUGAUAUCCACUUCCCUCAACAACAAUUGAGAUUCCUUGCGCUAUAUGAUGAAGGGCAAGGUUUAGGGGAUUGCAUAUUGGUGAUGAUCGUUCAUU